AUGGUCACUGCUACUACCACCUCGACCUCAUCACCGCUCCCCGGCAAGGGCAAGUCGGUCCUCAUUUCUGGAGGUAGUAUUGCCGGACCUGCCAUUGCUUGGUGGCUUCACAAGUAUGGCUUCGAGACGACCAUCGUCGAGAGAUGGCAUGAGCUAAGGGGCGGUGGGCAGAAUAUAGACGUGCGAGGGGUCGGACGCGAUAUUAUCACCAAGAUGGGACUAUUCGACGCGGUCAAGGCUCGGAAUACUACUGAAGAAGGCCUUCAGUUCAUCCGCGAGGACGGCUCAAGUAUCGCCGCCAUCCCCGCCUCGGCGAACGGCCCCACGGCCGAGCUCGAGAUCCUCCGAGGGGACUUUGCGGAGGUGCUAUAUGAUGCGACGAAGGAGGGCACCAGAUAUAUCUUCGGGGAUUGUAUUGUGGCUAUCGACGAUGAGGAGAACGGAACGGCUGAGGUCACGUUCAAGAGCGGGCGGAAAGAGGAGUUUGACGUUGUCAUCAUUGCGGAUGGGGUGAGGUCGAGAACAAGGAAGUUGGUCUUUGGGGAUGAAGUCAAGUUCAAGAGGUUAGGCAUGUCUGUCGCCUACGCCACCAUACCUCGUAUCGCCAGCGACGACCGCUGGGCCAAAUGGUUCACUCCUCCCGGCCGGCGCUCCAUAUCCACCCGCCCCGAUCCCUACAACAGCACCCGGGUCUGCCUCAGUUUUAUGACACCCGUCGACUACAUGCAGCACGACCAACAAGAACGGAUCGAUAUCCUUCGCCGCAAAUUCGCCGGAGCGGGUUGGGAGGCUGAACGUAUCACCUCCCAACUCGACCAGCUCGACGACCUGUACUGCGAGGAUCUCAUGCAGGUCAAGGCGCCUCGCUACUCCUCGGGACGAGUCACCAUGCUAGGCGACGCCGCUUUCUGCGCUACACCCGUUUCGGGACAAGGAACCACCCUCUCCCUAUCCAGCGCAUACAUCCUGGCAGCGGAACUCGCAAAAUCGCCCGACAACCAUCAGGUCGCAUUCGAGCGGUACGACAAAGUCAUGCGGCCUAUCGCGGAGAAGGCUCAGAACUUGCCGGGCUUCAUCCCUGGGGCGGCGCAUCCAGAGUCCUGGUGGGGCGUGGCGAUACUACGGGGACUGGUGACGGUAGUGGGAUGGGUAUGGAACUUGCCCUACCCGCAAGUCGCAGUGGACUUUGUCAACAGGCAGGGCUUCGGGACGGAUAAGGUCAGGGUACCGGAGUACAAGGAGUUACAGCAGUAA